UCUUGAAUCGGAGGACGAGAAGAGGUGCUGAGGAAGCGCCUGAAGACGUAAAGACAUGAAUAAAUUUAAAUAUAUUUUAAUAUUCGUUAUAAUAAUUGUGUUUUUAUUAUACAAAUGUUCACUGAAUUCAACCGAUUAUCACAUCUCAACGAUACCGGCGAUGACCGACCCGUUCAGAGGCGGACACAUAGAGGACACACAUAUGGACACAAACAUAACUGCACUCAACAACCAGUCGGGUGUCAGACAAUACCGGAUUCUAUUGUGGACCAAAUACUUCCAAUCGGACGACUGGUUACAUCUGGACCUCAAGUCAAUGGGCUGUCAAUUCUCUAAUUGUCUUUUCAGUGAAGACCGAUCUCUUGUGGUGUCGGCCGACGCCGUAUUCUUUCACUGGCGGGACACCAGUCCAUGGGAUUUGCCCGCAAAGAGUCCGAUGGCUGCGGCCAGAGGUCAGAAGUGGGUGCUCUACAACUGGGAACCGCCGCAAUACGCGCCAGCCUUUCGGGUGCGCCCUUUGGCCGAACACAUCGAUUGGGUGAUGAGUUAUAGACGCGAUUCAGACAUUUACGUGCCGUACGGGUCGGUCACCAAAUGUGAUACAAAGUGGCACAACGAGGAUCUCUUCGACAACAAGAGCGGUUCCGUGGCGUGGAUUGUGUCCAACUGUCAGUCGCCCGGCAAUCGCGAGACGUAUGUCAACGAUCUUCGCAAACACAUCGAUAUCGAUAUCUACGGAAUGUGUGGUCAACACGACUGCCCGCGAGACGGAACUUGUCUUUCGGCGAUCGUUAAGAAAUACAAGUUUUACCUUUCAUUCGAGAAUUCGUUAUGUAAAGACUAUGUGACAGAAAAGUUGUUUAAAAUCAUUUCAUAUGAUAUAAUUCCUGUAGUGUACGGUUCGGCCGACUAUUCGCUAAUAAUGCCAAACAAUUCGUUCAUAAAUGUAAAAGACUUUAACACUACUGAGGAUUUGGCCAAAUAUCUCAAACUGGUCUCAAGUGAUAAGCAAUUAUACAACUCGUAUAUGUUGUGGAAGAAGAGUUAUUGUCCACAAUUGACUCAUUUUAAGUAUUUCUGCCAUUUGUGCCACAAAUUGAAUGAAGACAGCGCUCGGAAGCCGACCAACCGGUGGAACCCGAUGACCCACCAAAUCAAAGACGAACCCUUGACGACCAGACAAAUGGACACAAACGAUGGCAAUGGACUCAACAACCAGUCGAAUGUCAAACAAUACCGGAUCCUAUUGUGGACCAAAUACUUCCAAUCGGACGACUGGUCACAUCUGGACCUUAAGUCAAUCGGUUGUCAAUUUCAUAAUUGUCUUCUCAGUGAAGACCGAUCUCUUGUGGUGUCGGCCGACGCCGUAUUCUUUCACUGGCGGGACACCAGUCCACUGGGUUUGCCCGCAAAGAAUGCGGCGGCUGUGACCAGUGGUCAGAAGUGGGUGCUCUUCAACUGGGAAUCGCCCGAGAAUUCGCCGGCCUAUAACGUGCGCCAUCUCUUCAAUCACAUCGAUUGGUUUAUUAAUUAU